GUGUCAAGAUGGUGGUAGAAAUCCUUGAUGCAAAAUCCCAGAAGCCGCUGGCAACACUGACUUCUGUCACACCAGCUUCUACCAUUUUAGAUGUCAAAAAGGAAUAUAGAAAAAUAAAAACGAGCCUUUAUCCUGAGAGGCAAAGUUAUCGUUUGGAACCACGUGGACGUAGCUUGAAAGAUGAGGAUACUCUAUCGAGCCUUGGGUUAGGCGCUAAAGGUGUUCUCUAUUUCAAGGAUCUGGGACCUCAAGUAGGAUGGACCACUGUAUUUCUGACAGAGUAUGCGGGUCCGCUGUUGAUCUAUCCAAUCUUUUAUAUCCGACCCUCCUGUAUCUACGGGGCUGGAGCUACCUCAGAGCCAUAUGCUAAAGCUGUACAUAUUGCUUUAGCCUGCUGGACAUUCCAUUAUGCUAAGAGAUUACUGGAGACUGUGUUUGUCCAUCGCUUCUCCCAUGCCACCAUGCCCAUAAUGAACAUAUUCAAGAAUUCCUUGUAUUACUGGGGCUUCACAGCCUUUGUCUCUUACUUCAUCAACCAUCCUCUGUAUACCCCUCCAGCAUACGGCAAUGUUCAGCUUUACGGAGGACUAGCUUUGUUUGUGGUUGCUGAAUUGGGUAAUCUCUCUAUCCACAUCGCUCUGAAGAAUUUACGACCCCCAGGAACCAAACUGCGCCGCAUUCUGAACCCCACUAGCAACCCUCUAACCUGCCUAGCCAGCCUGGUCUCCUGUCCUAACUACACGUACGAGGCUCUGGCCUGGAUUGGCUUCAGUGUACUCUCACAAUCACUUCCAGCGGCCUUAUUCACGGCAGCGGGAUUCUACCAGAUGUCAAUAUGGGCUCUGGGCAAACUGCGCAAUUACAGGCGAGAGUUCAAGGAGUACCCGCGCAGCAGGAAGGCCAUAUUACCCUUCAUUUUAUAAGACGUUCUCAUACGUGAAAGGCUUGUGUGCUCAUAACAUGUACAUCAAGAUGUAUGCUGUAAUGUGUAGGUUGAUUUCAAGUUUGUACACUCAGAUUUGUGUAGAGAUCAACUAAAAUCUUUUUUUAAUAGUUUAAUAAAUAGGUACACUGGUCUAGUGCUUUUGUGUGAAAUGAAUUAUGUUUUAUAUGCUUAAGUCUUAAGUCUUUUGUCUUCACAAGUACACAAGUAAGACCCAUUAACGUUCUGAUUGCAGUAAGUCCUGUAAAAAAUAGACUUAUAUUAAUGGUAUAAAAAAUAUGCUCUUAAAUACCCGCCAUAACAGUAAUUAAGU